UGUACACGCGCGUUCCGCUGGCCGCCUACCGUUCGACAUGUUAUGAUGUGUAACAUAAUAAUAUAUCAUAUUGCUAUAAGCGAUAUAUUUUAUACGAUAAAAAUACACGUCGCGUGCACAAUAAAAACAAUAUACUUUCUGCAUAAUAACUAUAUUUCGUAUUAAAUCAUUACACGUACAUUUAUCUUCGACUUAAAGAAUAAUGUAUAAUAUAUAAUAUUAUUGUGAUCUUCGUCGUCGUCGUUGUCGUUCGCUCGUGCAAUAAUAUAUUAGACGAUAAUAUUUUAUAUAUAGCUGUCAGGUAUGUCGGCCGACAUACAGGAGAUGUUCACUGCAACGACGUGAAUAUCGUGUGCUCUUACACGGCGGUCCGCACGUACAUAGCUAUAGAUGUGGCAACUGUCGGCUUGUGAUCGGAAUGAUCUCAGGAGACACUUGCAGAUGGCCACCGCCCUCAACCGGGCCAAACCGUUUGGACAUUCGGCUCAACUUUUCUACAACGAUCCGUACGAGGUAGUCAACGCGGCCAGCAGUCGACUUGUAGCCCAAGCAGCAGCAGGCUCGGGGCAAAUACAACUGUGGCAGUUCCUGUUGGAGUUGCUUGCCGAUUCCAACAACGUUGGAUGCAUUUGCUGGGAUGGUCCUGGAGGCGAAUUUAAGCUAAUUGACCCAGAUGAGGUAGCCAGGCGUUGGGGCGAACGCAAGUCGAAGCCCAACAUGAACUACGAUAAGCUCAGCAGAGCUCUCAGGUACUACUACGAYAAGAACAUCAUGACCAAAGUUCACGGCAAACGCUAUGCAUACAAGUUUGACUUCCACGGGCUGAUGACCGCGUGCCACCAGAGCCAGCCGCAGAUGCCAGUGGCGCAGUCCGGUCCCCAAGCGGCCGCUGGUCCAUCAUCGGUCGCCGUGCCGUCUGCAGCGCCGUCACCGUCCGAAUUUUCUGGCGGCCUGUACGGCCAGCAGCACGUUUCUGUUUCCAGUCCACCGACCACCAUAUUUCCGGCCGGACCGUCCUACUGGGCCACAUCCGCCGCGGGCCUUUCUACGUUGUACCAACAUCCAACCGGGCCGCGGUAUCCACCGUAAUCCCAUACAUCCUAAUACAAUAUCAUAUGACAAGGGAUGAAUUCUCGUACACCCUAAAUCUCGAUAUUUCCGUUAAAUUCCAAGUUCUUUGGAAAUAAAUACUCGAAAUCGAAUAAUUCAAACUCAAAACAUUUCGAAAAGUUCCAGAAAAAGCAAAUCCGAUGUCAAGACUGUUAUAAAUUCAAUUAAUCAAUAAUUUUCAAAAUACAAAUAGCCACACAUCAUAGAUUAUAUAGAACAUAGAAUACUUUUUUUAUUUCACAUAUUUCCCGUAUGAUCCAUAUCAGUUUUAACUUUUAUGUUUAUCAGUUGCCACAAUUUCAUAAUCGUGUUGCAAUCUAAUUAAAUUUCGAGAUUUCAAUAUAAUCGAAAAAUUCGAGUUUGAUUUCAAUUAGAAUUUAAAUUUGUGAAAAUUAAAAGUCGACCAUCCCUAUAAUAUGUAUACGAAAAUAACUGAAAAGUGUACCGCGCGCUGCAGUUGCAACUUGUAUUAAACAUUUCUAUAACCAAGUAUUAUGUCGAACAAAAUUUUUCGUUGAAAUAAUUUCGUAACACAUUAUUAUUUUCAGGACACCGAUUUCAAUAUUAUAAUAUAUUUUUCAACUCAUCACUUGUAGAAAGUAUCGAAGUGAUGCGUUGUUUUCGUGGAACACGGAAACAUACAUUAUUAUUGAUAUUUCAAUUUGUUUGUUUCCAUCCAUAAAAACRAGACUUCAUUAAUCAUUACUAAUAAUAUCAUAAUCGGCAGCAUUUCUCGCAAUAUUCGACAAUACGCCUAACCCUAAUCGGCCUAAUCCCAUCAUUAUACUUAUACGGGGUGUGAAUCCGUUUUUUUCUCAAUAUUAUAUUAUGAUCCCUAUUAUAAAACAAAAGUGCACGAUAAAUUUUGAUUAAACAAAUAUCUUCAUUAAUAACUGUUUAAAAUUAUACACAUGAACACAUGACUUUAGAUUCUUCAUUGUACAUAUUAUUAUAGUGUCUUAUUAUAAAAAAAGAUAAUCGUUAAUACUACAAGACAAUAAAACAUCAUAUACACUACAAUUUACAAUUUACAAUUUUAAAAUACUCAUAACUUUCUUAAAAAUUAUAUCAAAUCGAGUUUAUGACCUGAAGAAGCUCUAGAUAAUAAUCCUUACAUUUAAAUUUGGUAAUUAUUGAUCAAUAAUUCUCAAUUCACUCUAAUAUAAAAAAUAAUUACUCAAUAGAAUAAGGUUAAUUAUUCUGAACAUAAAAUGUGGUAUAUUAUUCGUUUAUAUGGCCGAUAUAAUAGUUAAAUACACUAUGCAGGUACAACAUCUUAAAAAGAGAGGUUUAUAUUUUCAUAAAUUAAUUUAAAUUAAUAAUAUACCUAAGUCUCAAGUAUCCUAUUAAAUUAUUAAUGGUAGGUAUAAUACUUGAAAGUAAAAAUGAUCUCAUUAAAUUUGAAAUAAUAUUAAUAUAGUUAUAAAAAACAAUUAAAUUAUUUAACUGUUUUUAUGUAUGAUAAGUAAGUACUUCGAAGUUUGUACGGCAAAUUAAUAUUUAAUUUUAUUAUUAAUUAAAUGAAUCCAAAGCGGAUAGACGACAUUCGUAUAGUGCAGUAUAAACUACACRAGUGGGCUCGUUGACCUACAGUAUUAUUAAKAUCCUGGACACUCGCCUUGUACUUAAUAAAAUACUAAAUUAGUAUAUUAAUUAUAGUAAUAUACAAUAUACGUUAUAUAGUAUUAUACAUGUAUAAUAUUAUUAUAUUAUAUUUAUACUGUAUUUGACUUGAAUUUACCGUACCGUAUACAGUUUACUGACCGCACAAUGCACAUGACUAACAUUCGUAUAGUUUGCAUAACAAAACGUGUGAUUGAUUCGACGACGAUCGUCACCCACUUGUAAUAAUGACAAAUGACUUGUAGACUCAUGUGACUUAUGUUCUACACACUAAGUCAAUACCUAUUACCUACAGUAUGACCAAUACAACUUUCGACGUGAUCUAAUAACGAUUUCGGUGGUUUAUUGUAUUAAUAAUAUUUAAUAAUAURUAAUUUAUUUUAAAUUAUUUAUAACUAAGGUCAGGAUGUUUAUGAUCUUAAAAAUUCGAAAAUGCAC